AUGAGUGUCCAUGGCUGUCUGGGGAUUUUCCUGUUCGGUGCCAACGUGUUAGCAGGUCUCCUGGUGACGGUCCUUGCAAGCGAAGUGGGACAAAGCCCGGUCACGGGUGUUCUCCAGAAGUUCCCGUUGGCAGUACCAACCUCCGAGACGGUGUUUUCAGCACGUUUCAACCCAGGUGACGAUGGUGGCAUUGGAGGUCCUGCAGCUUCGGAGGGUCUGUCCGAAGGAACCCCGUUUGUGGCCGCUGACAUCAUUAACCUUGACCGGGACGGUGCGGUUAGCUUCAUACCUCGCCGGGACGUGCGAUACCAACGAGCCGUUCCACCGGAGUACGCUGGAGCAUCGGCUUUGCCACACUGCGAAACCUUUACAAUGGGCGAUCCGGACUCUAAAACGCUCUACAACCCGGGCUGGCCGGGAAAUUACCCCAACAACAGUGACUGUGUGGUGGUGUUGGAAGCUCCCGUUGGAUUUCUGGUGCGACUUGACUUCCGGGAUCACUUCCACAUCGAACCGUCGGAGGAGUGCAAGUACGAUUUCCUCGAGAUUCGCGACGGAGCGCACGGAUUCUCGACGCUCAUCGGGAAGUACUGUGGCCAAACCUAUCCACCCAUGAUCACGUCCAAGGAACGCUUCCUGUGGCUGCACUUCCACUCGGACGAGAACAUCGAGUACAACGGGUUCGUCGUGGUGUACGAUUACGUGCCGCGGCCUACUUCGUCCAUCUACGAUGACGAGAACUGCCGCAUGGAGGUGUCCGGAAUGGAAGGAUUCGUUAAUCGGUCGGAUGUACCGCGCGAGAAGCAACAAACCGUGAUCGAGCAUGGCCUUUCGCUUGACUGCAUGUGGGUGGUGUCCGUGGCCGAGGGCUGGAAGAUCCAGCUGUCGUUCCUCAAGUUCAAGCUGGAGCGACCAAACGAUUGCGAUAGCAACUUCGUGGAUGUGUUCUCCGAACGGACGGAUCUACCGUCGAGACUGAAAAACUUCUGCGGUUCCAUCGCCGAUUCGGUUGUGUCGCGCUCGAAUGUCCUGCACAUCCGGUUCUUCGCCGAAGCGGCUGCCAUCAACUCUACCUUUUCGAUCCUGUUCACGGCGUUUCGGGAGAAAGCGGCCGGCGAGACUUGCGAUGAAACCGAGUACGAUUGUGAGGAUGCCACGUGCAUUGCGGGCGAGCUGCGAUGUAACGGACGUAUCAACUGUCGCUUCCGGUGGGACGAGGACGAAUGUCAGAAACAAGCGAGCGCUCAAUCCGAGCACGUCAUCAUCAUCGUGAUCGUGUUUGGGCUCAUCCUCGGAGGAAUGAUCCUGCUGUUCCUGUUUAACUGCAGCCGCAAGAUCAUUCGCGAUCACAAGAUCAUCCGUGAGCACAUUCGGCAGUCGCGUGAGAGCAAACUGAACGAACUUGGCCGGCACUCGACCAAGAAGCUGGUUGAUCUGGACAUCACCAAGCUGCCACCACCCGCCUUUGAUAAGGAUCCUUCGAUCAACGUGCUCGAAGGUGGCAGUGCAGUGAACGUUAACAACGGCCAGUACUAUCGAGAGAUGGCGGGUAUUGGAAGCAUUGGAGGUGGUAGUGCGGGUAGUGGUGGAGCUGGCAACACUGGCGGGCAUAUGUUUAGCAGUCGAAUCGACAUCAAGGCCGAUCCGCAGGACAUCCUGAGAGGAAGUUACCACGAGGAUCCAAUGUCUCGGUCCGGCACGCUCAGCCGAGACGGUGGAGGCAUGUGUGAUAUGGCGUGUCAGACGAGAGAAUCGCUGUUCCAGCCGGUGUUUAAGAAUAAAGUCAAUCAAUCGCCAAACCAGCUGCAAAACAGCAUCCGUUUCUCGACGUUCGGUUACGAAAGCCAGCAGCAGCAGCAACAACAGCAGCAACAGCAGGAAUUGCAGCAACUUCCAGCGGUAACACCGCCUCCACCGAGGGUGAAACAUCACCAUCAUCAUCAUCACCAUCAUCACGCCGGUGGUGGUACGCUUGAGGGUGGUAAAAGCUCAAAAGUAAGCCGAAUCGAGUUGGAGGACCUCUCGCCACCGGGAUCGGGUGCGUACGAUGAUCGCGGGGAUGACAUGCAGCUGCAGCACCAACCCUUGCCGCAUCCUUCCCAACAUGGCCACUCGCACAGCCACACGCACUCACACCAGCACCCGCACACGCACCAGAAGCACGAGCGCAAUCUGGUAGAUGCGAGCGGUCGGUCUGGUGGUGGAAGUGGUUCCGGUGGUAGCGACAUCCGGAAGUCAGCACCGGACGUCAUCAUUAUGACGUCCUCCCAUUGA